UACAUAAUUCCAUAAUAUAAACGACAACGGCUUCGUUGUUAUUAUCUGCUCAAAGAUACACCAUUUUAUCUAUUCUGUGUACACACUAUUGUCGUCCGUUGUCACCUUUUCGAAACUACCCAUUGAGAAUCUGCUCAUUUGAGCACAAAUAUCCCGUUUACAAUUAACUGAAAUGGCAACCGCAGAAGAUACGCAGGAGGUGACCCGUGAAAUUUUCACAAAUAUAUUCAACAAUGAUUUCGAUGGUCUGCAGAAAAUCUACGCCAAAAAUAUUGAUCUGAGCCCGGACAUACUGGAUGAACAUGGCAUGACGCCGCUCCAACACGCAUCGUAUAAAGGCAACGAGCAGAUAGUUCGCUGGCUGUUAGCCCGUGUAAGUUUUUUUCUUCGAAACAAUGUAUUGUUGGUUGUAUGUUUAUGUUUUUGUUAUUUUAUGUUUUGUUGCUGCUUGCAGGGUGCCGACGUCAAUUCGGGAAAACACAAGUACCAGUAUUCCGCGUUACAUUUUGGAGCCCUCAGCGGGAACCCCAGAGUGUGCAGCUUAUUGUUGGCUGCUGGUGCCAAAAGCGAACUAGCUAAUAGCGUAGGACGUACCGCAUCUCAAAUGGGUGCUUUUGUAGGUUUGUAAUUUAAUUAUGAAACGAAAUGCUAAACAAACACCUCGUAUUGAUUAUUAUUAUAAUAAUAUUACCAAUAAUAUUAAUAAUAAUACCAAUAAUAUUAAUAAUAAUACCAGAGAAGUAUAUAUACAAGAGGUAUAUAUACCUCUCGAUUAUUAUUAUAAUUUUUGUUUUUCUCAGGCAAUCAUAAUUGUGUAGGAGUGAUCAGUAAUUAUGUACCUGUAGAAGAAGUCUCGUGCUUCGCAGUACCAGAAUCCGUUCACAGCGAUCCAGUAAUUAGUGUCGAAUUGGUUCAACCUAUUCAUAAAUUUAUUAUGAUGGUAGGUAUUUUUUAUUACCGAUAAUGUGCACCUUCAAUAUUAGUUGAAUAUAAAAUAUUUAAAAUAUUUAUAUUGUGUUAUAAUUUAAUCAUUAUUACGCAGACUAACAUCCAUCCAGUAAAAGUGGCCCUGGACAUACCUCCUGUUUUCCUGGUUGAGGAUAAUCCAACAAAAGUGUACAAAGUAUUGCAUUCCUUGUCUGAACGAGAAAUUCAAAAACAGUUGGAGGCAAAUGAAGUUAUGGCUUUCAAGUUUCAUUAUUUAUCCUGUAUCCUUAUCGAAAUUGCUAAAUAUUAUAAGUAAAUACAUUUUUUAAUUUUUCUAAGAUAGGUACCUACCUAAACCUAAUAUAUAUGUAAUAUAUUUUUUUUCUGUUCUAUUAUAAAAGUGAAAAGCAGUCGGAUUCCAAAGAAUUCUUCAUUAAGAAAGUAUUGAAGAGUGAGAAAAAUUAUUUAGAACAGUUUUUAAAGGAUUGCAUUAGAAUGUUUCCAUAUCGGGAUUGUACAAUUUUCAGACAGGUAAAAACAAUUUUCCAACAUUAAUAAAUGACUUAAAUUAUAAUUAAAAUCCUUUUAAAAUUGUUUAAAUAAGCUCUGAAUAUUAUGAACUUACUUGGGGCAGAGUUUAGUUGACCUGUUCUAAUAUUAAGUUAUUUCCCAGUGUAAUUUUAAUGUGAAAAAAAAACAAAUAGGUAAAUUAUUUGAUUAGCCAGCCAUUAUGUUGUAUUUGUUGAUGGGGGAAAAAACCCCAUAGUAUUUUUAAAAUUAUAAAUUUUAAGUAAUAUUAAAUUUAAUAUUACUACUAGAUAACGCCAAAGGGCAAUACUAAACUAUAAAAAAUGUAUAGUUUUGACGAAUAAUUGUUAAUUUAAUUAUUAGAAGGCAAAAAGUUAUAAGACAUCAUUUUUUUUCAAAAUUUAUUUUUUGCAUAUUGUCCUAAACAAUCCUAAAUUACACAUCAAUUGUAAAACCUAAACAUCAAUAUUUUUUUUUUUUACAACCAGAAAUCAAUGCUUAUAAAAUAUAAAAUAUUCGGGUGUAAGGGCCAAUUUCUAAAAACAUAAGCAACAUUCAGUAAUCAACUUUAACCUGAGCGUCAUGGUUUGGUGGUUACAUCAAUUUCACUUUCGUUAGUGGUUUUGUCAGCACUGUUAAAAGCAGUAAGUGGCAUCGAUUGUUAACUGAUAAAAUUACGUUUUUUAGUUUUCCUAAACAAUUUGGAGAAUGAUGCUUACAUUUUAACAAUCAAUUUUGUUAAGUACUUUGUUAAUAUUAUUUUAGUAUAAAUAUUCAAAAAAAUUUAAUUCGUACAUUUCAGUAUUAUCAUAUUAGUGUUUGAUAGUAAUAAAAAAUUAUAACAAUAUUUUAAUCACCAAAAUUCUUUGUCACUUAUUAUAUUAAUAUGUUAUCAAAAUGAUUUUAAUUUCCAAACGAAUGAUAAAAUUCUGAGCAAAGCAAAAUAAACUUUUUUGGAUAAAUAAUUUAAAAAAUUAUAAUUUUAUAAUAUACACAUGAUUAAUUAAUAAUGAUUAAUUAUAUCAUUAAUUCAUUAAUCAAAAUAAAUAAUAAUAAUAAUAAAAAAAAAUUGUUUCUAGAUGGUUGCUAGUCUAACUCGAGGUAUUGAUAGUAUGUCAGCUCUCAACGUUAUACUAGUUAUGAUUGGUAAUAGACGUUGUGUGGGUGUUGAUUCGUUUGGCGAAGAACGUGUAUGUGGUACAUGUGCAGAAAACAAUGCUUCCAAAAAAUGUGCCAAAUGUAAAGCAGUGCAAUAUUGUAACCGUGAGUGUCAGCGCAUCCAUUGGUUUGUUCAUAAAAAAGAAUGUAAUCGAGAGUCUAGAAACAAUGGAGCUUUGCAGAUGUCUGUGGACAGUUCGCACGUAGCUGAGAGUUUAUCUCAACUCGGGAUCAAGUGAAUUACCACUGGAACGAUUUAAGUAACUUUGGAAACUGUAAAUAUAUUUUGCUUAUACGUAGUAUAUUUUUAAUUUGAUCGAUUAGCAAAAUUUUUUUUUGCAUAAAUUUAGUUCUAUAAUAUGUAUUUAGAAUAAUGGAAAUUUUUAAAAUGUGUGUCAUAUUAAACUAUUUAAUUAUAUAUAUUAAAUCCUUUACAUGCUAUCGAUCUAGUUUAUAAUGAUACAAAUAGUUUUAUAUGUUUUUUGAACCAUUUUAGUAGUUACUUAUUUGCAUAUAAACUAUUAAGUAGUUUAAAUAUUUUAAUUUUGACAAUUAAUUCCAAUUUAUAAAUAAGUAAUUCUGUACCUGAUCGUAAAAUGUUUUUGCAGACGGUUUUAUUAUUAUUAUUAUUAAUUAUUAUAACUAAAUUACAUAAGUAGCUUGUUUGAUUUUAUAAUACCUUCAAUCAUUUGUAACUGUUAAAAACAAUUUUGUAAGAAUUCUUUUUUAAAUAGUUAUAUAUAAUACUAUAACCUUAGUAAUAUAAUCCAAUCUUUUGAUUACCAACA